GUAGCGUAGCCUGGAUCGCAUCAUCACUGGUGAUUGGUCUUGACUGGCCCAACAUACUCAGCUCCGUUAGGAACCGUGCUGACUGCUCGGUGUAUCAUCUGAGACGAUCUGAUAACCACCCAAGCUGCACUGAAUAAACCUUGGCAGCAGCACUGGCAGUGCCCAUCACGCCGCUAUGACGAACAGAAUCCAAUCCCCGAGAGCAACACUUUCGAUCUCGGCAGAGGCUGCUGCCGCAUCGGCUUACCCGCCCGAUGCCCUGCCAGGUGGUCGCGAUGUCGAGACUUUCUACGGCUCUAUGCGAGUCUACGAAUGGGGGCCGUUGGAUGGGAGCAAGGUUCUCUUCGUUCACGGAGAUGCCACUCCUUGUCUGGUAUUUUCUAAGAUUGCUCAAGGCCUGACGGAUGCCGGAUACCGGGUGAUGCUUUUCGGACUUCUUCGCAGGCUUCCGGAUGGCUAUGACGACCAACUGAUGCAUCAUCCCGAGCUUGCGCCAUCGCGAGAAGCCAUCCGCGAAAAGAUUCGAGAAAUCCUUGGGGUUGCUCCUUCUGGCCCAGCACUGGACAUCACACGGGAUGAGAGGGGAUCGGUAACAGCACGGAAAGCGCCUUCUCGUGUUGAAACGACCUUUGAUAUGGCGGCCCUUCUUCAGUGGCAGUUCGACCAUCAUCAGGGCCACGUUCAUUCGUUCCAGGACACCAUCCGUCACGGCCCAAUACAGGCAUUGGGGCUGUGGAGAAAGGUUUGCGAUAUGAUUGCCGGUCGAACACCACUAGACACACCCCUGUGCAACUCCAAGUUGCUUGUCUUCUUUGGCGAGGACGAUGGCGUCGUGGUGGGGAAGGAGACUACUGAAGACAUCCUGACGCUGCUGCCUUCCAGUCUUUUGCAGACUGAAUAUCUAAUUGGAGGGCACGGGUUCCCUUACCCGAACAGCGAGAAGAUUACGCACGCCAUUCUUUCGUUUUGGAGCCCUGGGCACUCGUAGCUGCACAUGUGAGGAUGAUGACGAUUCCGGGAGAAACACACCCUACCUCUCUCAUCGCAACAGAAGUCCCGAUGUGGUGACACACUACUACGUCCGUCACUGUAUUCGCAGAGAAUGAACGGGUAUGUGGCAGCAAGACAACUCUACGAAACACUAGGGAAAGUAGCAAUGAUGGUCGUGUCCACGUGUCAAGAAAGGCAGGCACAUAGCUCGAUGGCUCAAGAUGAGAUCCCCGGCAAGUGACAUAAAGGCGAGCACAAGAACUUCUAGUCAUUAUCACCAAUUCAAAUUAUAUAGACUACCACG